AUGCCCAGCUACAGCGAUCGCGAGUCCAUCGAUUCUGGCCGCCAGUCGGUGCCCAUCUCAGACCCAGACAGAGCCCCUCCACCACUGCCUAUUCCGCCCAACUCGCCUGGCCUGGCCACACGGUCCAAUGCUUCGGCUAACAUCCAGGCCACCGCUCAGAGGCUGACCGAGCGUGCCCGCGAGAACAUGCCCGCCAGCGUCUAUACCACAAACCCGCCGCCUUCCACUUCGCCCGACAAGUCGUUGAUCAAGGGUGCUCACCACCGUCGCCUACAGUCUCUCCAGACAGGAAGUGUCCGAGACCUUCGCAGCUACCUCGAUGGUAUGCGCAACACUUCUCCCGAGAGACCGACCUCUAGAUCUACCGCUACUUCCCAAGGCUCACCCACUCGCCCUGCCGAAGCCGAUUACUUCUCGAGCCCUCCUCAAGAUCACUCGACACCGACCCCCGCCGACAGAAAUGCUCUCAGAGAUGCACCCAAUCUUCGUCCUGCCUCUCGUCCCAGGGCCAUUCUCGGCGAGAACACUCCUCCAUCCGCCACCAUGCUUGCUCUGCAGACCAUGGCUGCUCGCGAUCCCGAUCCUUCCCUCCACGACGUCACGAACUCUACCUCGUCACGCGAACCCAAGACGUUGAACGAGAUGAUGGCACAACUUACGAAUAUUACGAGCAUUACUUCGGGCAUGCAAAAGGAGAUGGCGCAGCUGAACCGUCGCAGCAAGGACAACGCCGCCGACUUGAUUGGUCUGAAGCAGGCUGCUGACAGCCGUGACGAAGAGAUCCGCAGAAACUUGCGCGAUUUGCUCUCCAACGUGAGUGCCUCGGAUGCUGGCUCCGUCUUCGGUGGCAGAUCAUCUGCCUUCGGUCUAGGUCUUCUCGAGAACAAAGGCUUGACCUCACCACCUGCUGGAGGAAGACCGUUUGGAUCCCUGCCUCGCUCGAACAGCCACGGCAGUUUCCUUGAUCCUGGCAGUCCCAACCCUUUCUCUAUGGACGGUGCCGCUAGUGUUGCAAUGCUGGAGAAGAUUAUCCGUGAGAUGGUUACCAAGGACGGUCAGGACCGCCUCCUAUCUACUUUAUCAGAGCUGCUCGAUAAGCACAGCAGGGAUAACGUCCAGGCUAUCGAAACCGCUCAAAAGGUGGCCGAGCUCUCAGACUUCAUCAAGGAAAAGUCAGGCAGUCAUGCCCUUGUCCGUCACUCGUCAGAUGCCCAAGACGAUGAACAAAAGUCAAAGGCCAUUGACGCCAUGAGCGCUGAUAUUCUGAGACUUCUCCACAAGAUCAAGGACAGCACCUCUCAGAGUGGUGGCCUGAGCAAUGAGAUCAAGGCGCUCCUCCAGAACCUUCGUGGUGAGGUCUUGGGCAUGGGUCGUGAGCUCGGGCGUCAGCUUGACCAGGCCAACUCUACCGCAAGAGUUGCCGAAGACGGCUCACAGAUCAAGACUGGUGUCGAGGAAAUCGUCAACCAGGGCCUGUCUCAGCUCAGAGAGCACAUGGAGCAUAUCAUCCAGCAAAACUCACAGCAACUCAUCAUGUCCAACCACCAAGACGAAAACAAGAACAAGGACAUGUACGACAUUGUCAAGAGUGCCAUCACAGAACACAGCACGGCUCUUGUUCAGGCUCAACCUCAAUCAGAAGGCCUUGAUAGGGCGAGCAUUCUUGAGGCAGUCAAGGACGCCAUUGAAGAGUUCAGACCUGAGAUUGAGCUUCAGCAAUUCGGUCUUGAGCGUGACGAGAUCCUUUCCGUUCUGAAGGAAGGCUUACAUGACUACCAGUCCACCAAGGAGCCGUCUGUAGCACCUGCCAAUAUCGAGGAGGUCGAAUCUGCCAUGCAACGUGCUCUUCAAGAAUUCAAUCCCCCGAGACCAGUCGAUGAGAUGGCCUCCUUCAAAGAAGAUUUACUAGCUUCUAUCCGUGAAUCCAUCGAGGAACUCAAGUCUGCUGGUCCAGGCGAUGCUGCCACUCACGCGAUUGUUCUUGGGGCAGUCAAGGAAGGUCUCGAAAACCACGGACCCCAUGCUCCUCGCGAAUUCGAGAUCAGCAGAGAUGAUUUGUUCGACGCUGUCAAGGCCAGUCUUGAUGGAUCGACCCUUCCUUUCGGCAGUUUCGGCGAGCAAGUUCUUGAUCAACUUCGCAAUCUUAUAGAAGAGAUGAAGGUCGAAUUCAAGCAGUACUCUGCUGCCAAUGGUCGCGAUACCGAGCAGGUCCUGGACGCCAUCAAGGAUGGUCUCGAGUCUUUGCGUCAUGAGGUCGAGUCCUAUGUCGACCGCGCUCAGGAUGUCACUGGCAAGGACGAAAUUGUCGAUGUCGUCAGAACUGGUCUCGAACAGCUUCGUGGUGAUGUUCAAGGCUAUUGUGCUGAAGGCCCAUCCAACGGUCGCAACGAGAUGAUAGACUACAUCAAAGCCGAGUUCGAACACUUACAUGAAGCAGUUAGCGGCCUCGGCUCUCGCGAUGGCGAAGAGGGCCGCCCUUCGAGUACUUCUGAAAUCCUCGUGGCUCUCGAAGCUGGUUUCCUGGAACUCAAGAAUCAAACCUCCAGCCGUGGUCUUCUUGACGAGACCAACGAGGAAGUUUUGGAAGCUAUGAAGGCCGAAUUCGAGGCUCUUCGCGAUGCUGUCAUUGCCGGAUCAAACACCCACAAGGCCGAAGUCAUCGAAUCUCUACAAGAGAGUCUGGACGCCCUUCAUGAAAAGGUCGGCCAUCGCGAGGACGGAACUUCUGACAACGAACUUCUGCUUUCUAUGAAGGAUGAGCUGGCUCAUCUGCGCGAGACUUUAGCCGCCACUCUUCUGAAAUCCGGUGCUGCUGCCGAGAGAGACGAGAUGAUUGAGGCUGUUCGCGAAGCCGUCGAUACAAUCCGUAUGCAAAUGAGCUCUGAGCAGGGCGAAGCUCAUGCCGAGACUCUGACGGUCCUCAAGGAGCAAUUGGAGAGUCUCCGUGAAUCCACUACCAAGGGCCUUGUUCUCAGCACCGGUGAAAACGACGAGGAAGAACAUCCUCAAGCACCUCUAGAAGAGAUAAGAACUCGUCUAGAUGAGAUCGCUGCUGCCAGCAGUGGCUCAGGCGUCAACACAGCUCUUCUGGAAGCUAUUCAGGGCGAGUUCCAGCAGAUCCGUCAUUCCAUGGGCGCAGGUGGCUCUCGCGCCGACACAGAGGAGGUCCUCGAUGCUGUCAGGCUUGGUUUGGACGAUCUUCAGUCCUCCCUCGAGAAGAAGAUUGACAAUCCCGAGAUGCACAGAAACCUCAACAAUGAGCUUAUGGACACCCUAAACGAAGGUCUUGACAACAUGCGCUCCGACGUCUCCAAGAUCAUGGACAAGCCUGUCGACAUGACCGUCAGCUACGAGAUUCUUGAGACUUUGAAGGAGGGCGUCGCCAGUCUUCGCGCUGACAUGGAGAAGCUAUCUGGUGGCGAUCGUCCCUCGACAGCUCUGGGUAGCGAGCUGAUUCUUGCCGAUACACCUGGCGAGGAAGGAUCACGAGAGCUGAGUGAAGACGACAAGACUGCUCAUCCGGUCAGUCUCAAGGAGAGAAUGGAAGCUCUGUUUGCCCAGUUGCAUAUCAAGGUCGAGGGCCUGGCUGCUAGCAUCGGCGACAUGCCUACCACCUCAGCAGCCCCUGCUGAAGGUACUGCCAUGAAGGAAGACUUGUUCGGCAUGGAAGAGACACUCCGACAGAUUCAAGACACUCUUUUGGUCAUGGCUGAGAAGGAAAAAGCCGAGCUUGACAAUGCCGUCACUAAGGAAGAUACUGACGCUAUUGAGACUCUGCUACGCAACACCAAGGCACAGCUCGAGGAGCUACCUGCUACCGCCGCUAGUAGAGAACAGUUGGACGAUGUCGAAGCGGUCGUCCGCAGUGCCAAGGAAGCUAUCGAUGGCCUUGCUACUAAGGAGGACGUUGCUGUUGUCGAAAUUCUUCUCAAAGACCUUGCCACUGCUUUCGAACACUCCAAGUCCAGAGGAUCUGAAGAAGACGAGGACGAAGAGUCAGCUCCUCGCUUGGACAAGGCAGAUCUCGAUGCUCUUGGCAUGCUUUGUACUGAGAUCAAGGAGAAGAUCUCGGAGCUCAACCUACCUGACCCCGAAGCACUCCCUUCCAAGGCUGAUGUGGAACAAAUUACUGGUCUCAUCAAUGACUUCCGCGAGAGUCACGACAAGGUCAGAGAAGGAUACGAGAACGACAUCGCCAUCACCGCCAAGGCUUUCGACGACCGCAGAAAGGAGGCUGAAGAGAUGUCUGAGGCUAUCUCUGGUGUCAAGACCUUCUUAGAGGAGGUCAAGGCCGAGAUUCUUGCCAAGGUCGAGAAAGGUACACCAGGCAUGACUGAUAUCGAAGAAGCCAUCAAGUCAAUCGACGACAAGGUCGCUGGCGACGGAGGUAUCGGAUCUGACAUCAAGGAGCUCUUGGAGACUGUCAAGAACGAGUUUGAGCGUUCCCAUGAAUCACUGGGCGGCAUCAAGAUUGAUCACGAGCAGAACAGCUCUACCCUGCUCGAGAAGCACGCGGAGCACAAGGAUGCUAUUGUGGCUGCUGUCACUGAAAAGGUCGAUUCUUGCUUUGACGGUCUGAUGAGCAAGUACGAUGAUGCUCAAGCUGCAGCACAUGAGAAGGCUAAGACCAUGGAAGAGCAGGUUGAGCAGCAGAAGGAGAUGCUGAACAGCACAAAGGAGAUGACUGAUGAGCUGAAACUCUCUAUCGACACGUUGGGCACCUCCUUGACGGCAUUCAUUCCUUCCUUCAACGAGGCUACCGAGAAGAUUUCCGAAGACUCCAAGACUGUUUUCGAGAAGGUCGAGGGUGCUAUGCUCAAGAUGGACGAGCACAACGAUGGUCUGAAGACUGAGCACCAGACCACUCGUGAUGAGAUUGUCAAGGUUGUCGAGGCCAUUGCUCUCCUUCAGGGGGAGUCCAAUGAGUACAAUCCUCAAUUCUCAAUGUCUCUCAAGGAGCUUCAUGCUCUGGUUAGCGCUCACUACGAGCACUCGCAACAGCUUGCCGCGACCGCGGAGGAGCAGGCCAAGACUGUCCAUGAUACCAUUCGCACCGCCACUGAGGAGUCAAAGACUCACAUCGAAGGUCUCUUUGCCGAGAAUCUCAAGAAUCACUUCUCUGAGAAUCUCAGUGCACAGACGGAGGAGCUUAAGGGAGUCCUUCCUGCCUUAUUGCCUGUACCUGUUGAGCCCGUCGAGAAGUACGAUGAUACUGCUGUCCACGAGAAACUCGACAAGCUUGUCAACGAUACUGCAGUCCAUGAGAAGCUCGAUACUCUUGUCAAUCUUGCUGGUGAGGCUGGAGCAGCCACAGCUCAGAUGGAACGCUUGGAUGAGAUUCAUGCUCAAGUCAAGGCUACUGCCGCCGAAGUUUCCGCUUUUGUUGCUAUCCAGCAGAAGCAGAUCACCAAUGGUCAGGAGAGCAAGGAAAUUGAGGCUCAAGAGCUUGCUCUUCUUCUUGAGCGUCGCCAAGUGCAGAAGGACAACAUUGAGUCUGACAUUUCCUCGCUCAAUGAAGAGAAGGAAAGCCUUCAAGCCAUCGUUGAGGCCCUUCGUGCUGAGAAGGAUGCCCUCGCCGCGCAAAAGGCUCGUCUUACUGGUGAUGUCUCUUCCCUCCACACUGCUUUGGAGAUCAGACGUGAGGAGUUGCACAUUAUGGAUGAGAAGGCCGAUGUCUUGGAACGUCGCAUCCUUGAGGGCCUUAUUGACCACUCCCGUGCCAUGCUUCUCACGCAGAAGACACCCAAGACGUCGCCCAAGAAGAAGCCUGUGCGCGAUCUGCGCCUUCCCAGUGAUGCUUCGACUACGCAACUUCCUGCUCCCACCACACCUAGCCUUCUUCAAAGUCAUGCACUGGCUAUGAAGACUCGUGGCAUGCCUAAGAAGACUGGUACCACUCCUAACACCGGUGAGCGCCGCAUCAUGUCUCUCAGCCAAAUCAGCCGUAAUUUACCCUCUGGCGCUGCUGCAUAUGCAGCCGCUGCUCCCAGCCUGGUUUCGGCUCAAGGCUCAAUCAACCGCAGUCAAUCUCUCAAGCAUAACAAGCUUCGCAAGAUUUCCUGGGGUACCGCCCGUGCUGCAGCCGACAAGGAGAACGAUAUUGAGGAGGUCACUGAGAUUGAGAGCAACUAUGGUGGAUCUCGACCUGUGAGCAGAGACUCCGAGUACCGCCCUCAGAGCCGUGAUUAUGACUCUCGCCCUGUCAGCCGUGAUAGUCUCGACUCUUCAUACUACAACAGCAGCAGACGCAGCGUUAGCUACGCUGGAAGCCACAGUGCUUGGACCGAGUCACAGUCCGGCAUGACUGAUGAUGGCCGUCGCACUAGCUUGGGCACACUAGGCACCUAUGAAACUGGUAGCUACAUGACCGGCAGCGACAUCGAUCGCCGUACCAGCAUUGGCAGCACCAUCCGCAGUACCAUGGACCGCUCCGCAAUCCAAGAGGAAGAUUACGACAGUGAUCUUGAGAGUGAGCGUCACGUUGAGCCCGAGACUCCUGCUGUGCCUGUCGAUGCCGCUGUUGCCAAGGACAUUGUACCUUAUGCUCCUCCCAGUGAUUCUGGCAUUGGCUCAGAUCUUCCCACUGGUGCUCUCCAAGGCCACGACGACUACUUUGCCGGUGCUGUUGUUCCUACUACCGUGGAUGAGAAAAAGGCUGCUUGA